CGGGAGGAUGCUGGAGAGACGGUGAUGACCCAAACAGGGUUUCCUGCUAAGGACGCGCUGGUCUGUCCGUUCAGACACCCAAACUGAGGAAAGUGGUGACACAGCUGGAUGCAUGUCCAACAGCAUGGAAGGGCGUUUGAUGAAAGCCGUCGGACUGUGUGAUCUUUCCACCAUGUUUGGGAAAAAGAAGAAAAGGCUGGAGAUUUCCGGGCCCUCCAACUUCGAGCACCGGGUCCACACUGGCUUCGACCACCGGGAGCAGAAGUUCACGGGGCUGCCCCAGCAGUGGCACAGCCUGCUGGCAGACACGGCCAACCGGCCCAAGCCCAUGGUGGAUCCCUCAUGCAUCACUCCCAUCCAGCUGGCUCCUAUGAAGACCAUUGUUCGAGGAAACAAGCCUCGAAAGGAUACUUCAAUCAAUGGCCUGCUGGAGGAGUUUGACAACAUCUCAGUGACACGAUCCAAUUCCCUGCGGAAGGAAAGCCCUCCCACCCACCGCCAAGGAAAUGCAAACCACGUGCCGAGGCACCAGGAGGAAAAUGGCUAUAUCACGUACUCCCAGUACUCCAGCGAGUCAGAUACCACAACAGACUUUGUCGUGGAGAAAUUCCGAGACAAGGCUCUCUAUGGGGACGAGUUGGACAGGUACUACAAGGGCAGCUUCGCUGCCAAGCAGAACGGGCACAUGAUGAAGGUGACGUCCCGGGACAUCUAUUACUCGGAAGUGACACCCCUGCAGUCAGACUUGUCCAGAUUCCUCCCAGAUUACCACGCACACCUGGAGACCAAGCCCAAAGCACUGGAAUACGGCGGCCUGAAGCUGGAGUACCAGCGGAUCCCCAGUGGAUCCUCCCUGGACUACAGGGAUUCCUUUCCUUACGCCCCGUCCCGAGCGUCGGUGGAGAGUGAGUGCCCCAAGGAGAGGCUGGAGUACGGUGACAGUGACUGGGGACACAACCUGAGCAAGGAUGACUAUGACAAGAGGCCAAAGUCGUCCUAUGUGGACCCUGCAAGCCCUCAGCCAGCCAUGAGGCAGAGAUCCAGGUCAGGCUCUGGCCUGCAGGAGCCGGCCAUGCCCUACGGAGCAAGCGCCUUCAAAGCACACCAGCAAGGACAUUCCUACAGCUCCUACACCUACCCCCGCCUGUCCGAGACUGCAGCAGGCAUGCCCAAGGUGGAUUAUGACCGAGCACAGCUGGUCGUCAGCCCACCGCUCUCUGGCUCGGACACCUACCCCCGGGGCCCAGUCAAGCUACCUCAGAGUCAGAGCAAAGUCAGCUACUCCAGCAGCAGCUACCAGUACCCUCUGGUCUACCACAAAGCACCCCACUAUCACCAGCCGCCCCUCCAGCCCGGCUCUCCCUAUAUUUCCACUGCCUCCUACCCCAGCUCCCCCAGUAUCACGUCAAGUGCUUAUCCUCCCCCCAGCUGGGGCUCCUCCUCGGACCAGCAGCCCUCCAGGGUGUCCCAUGAACAGUUCCGAGCUGCCCUGCAGCUCGUGGUCAGCCCUGGGGACCCCCGGGAGUACCUGGACAGCUUCAUCAAGAUUGGAGAGGGCUCCACAGGCAUCGUGUGCAUCGCCACCGAGAAGCACUCGGGGAAGCAAGUCGCUGUGAAGAAGAUGGACCUCAGGAAACAGCAGAGAAGGGAGCUGCUCUUCAACGAGGUUGUGAUCAUGAGGGAUUACCACCACGAGAACGUGGUGGACAUGUACAACAGUUACCUGGUCGGGGACGAGCUCUGGGUCGUGAUGGAGUUCCUGGAGGGCGGCGCUCUGACAGACAUCGUCACUCACACCAGGAUGAACGAGGAGCAGAUCGCCACGGUGUGUGUGUCCGUGCUGAGGGCCCUGUCCUACCUGCACCACCAGGGCGUCAUCCACCGCGACAUCAAGAGCGACUCCAUCCUGCUCACCAGUGACGGCAGGAUAAAAUUGUCUGACUUUGGGUUCUGUGCCCAAGUGUCAAAGGAGGUCCCCAGGAGGAAGUCCCUGGUUGGGACACCCUAUUGGAUGGCACCAGAGGUGAUAUCCCGCCUGCCCUACGGCACUGAGGUGGACAUCUGGUCCCUGGGCAUCAUGGUCAUCGAGAUGAUCGAUGGGGAGCCCCCCUACUUCAACGAGCCGCCGCUGCAGGCCAUGCGCCGCAUCCGGGACAACCUGCCACCCCGCGUGAAGGAUGUGCACAAGGUCUCCUCGGUCCUCCGGGGCUUCCUGGACUUGAUGCUGGUGCGGGAGCCCUCACAGAGAGCCACGGCACAGGAGCUGCUGAGACACCCCUUCCUCAAGCUGGCUGGGCCCCCCUCCUGCAUCGUGCCCCUCAUGAGGCAGCACAGGCACCGCUGAAGCUUUUUGGGAAGGAGUCAGUGCAGAGCCUGGCUCGCAACACAUGGGAUCCGCAGGCAGGGAGGAGGAAAGCCUUGAGGAGGGAAGCAGCCCUGUGGAAACACCGCGUGUACAGAGAACCCCAAAGGCCGGGCGGUGCUCCCUGCUCCCGCCGUGCCACGGACAGGAGCAGUCCCAGCUCUGCGCUGCCAGCACCGCGGCUGCUGGCCAGCCAGGCAGGGGGCACCGAGCGCCAGCCUGGGAGAGGUAACACAGCCAGAGCGAAACAGCUGAACUCCACCUUAGGCUGUGGCACUUCUGUUUCAGAAGAACACUUUUCUGACAAAACAAAGCACUUUUUAUCUCGGUCAGAGCAGCGCAAUGUAUUUUGCAAGAAGUUUGUAAUUUUCUGUACAGUGCGUUUUGAUAACUUGCAGUACUUUGUCCUGUAACUGUUGUGUUAGUUAAGUAAUAAGUGUAACUUAGCAAGAAUUUGAGAAGGUUUCCUACUUUUUUAACCCUUUUGAAAACAGGAAAAAAAAAAAAAAGAAAAAAAAAAAGAAACCACAGCCACCUUUAGGAAGUUGUAAGGUUUUCACAGUUCCCAUGGGGUGAGGAGGGGGCUCAUCCCACCCUCACAGCAGCUGGAAGAGCCAAGGAUAGCUGAUGGUGGCAGGAGCGCUUGGCUUGGGGCACUCGGUGACAGUGGCAGCCCCAGCCCAGCUGUGGUCAGGGUCUCCCCUUUCCCCUCUAGCUGGGAGCCAACACCCCUGCCCAGCCUUGGCCCAGGGGGCCUCUCAGCCUGGGCUGAUCCCUCUUUGUUCAUGCCACCACAAGGCCAGUUCUGACACCACAGCGGCCUCCAUGAUUUCUGUCACACUCUGGUAGUGGAGAGGGAGAGCAGGAGCUCCUCCCCCCACCACGGAGGAGGCCCCGGAGCUCAGGCAGAGCCAUGGGAGGGGAUGGGAUGGGUUGGGAUGUGCUGCCAUAGAGAAGUCGUGCUGCUGUCCAGACCUUUCUGAAUGUUGAUGCAACAGUUGACUACUGCGGUACAAUUUUGUGUUAUUUGUUGGAUGACUUUGCAUGUUAACUGUAAGUCUAAAUAGAUUUGCCUUUAAAAUUUUUAGAAGUGCUUCAUAAUUAUUUCAAUGAGAAACUAGUUUUAUUUAUUAACUAUUAGUUGGUUUUAAUUAUGUAUAAUACAAAAGCCAUGUUUUUCAAGUUUGUUUUUUUUUCUUACUGACCUCAUUUUAUGGUAUCUUUUAAGAACCACAAAGCCAACUUUGUGAAAACACAGUUUCUUUCUUAUUAUGAAAUUUCAUCGUUAAUAAAUUGUUAUUUAUUGUAGUAAAUUAUAACCAAACAUCUAAACCUGGCAGGAGCUUGUUUAAAGAUCUUCCUCUAGGAGAAAAGAGUUGCCAAUAGUAAAGAAGCUCCUUUAGUUCUGCCGUUAAAGAAUAUUUGGAGGGAGAGAAGCAAUUAAAAAAAAAAAAAAAAGAAAAAAGGAGAUAAGGAUGAUCCGGAACAUGGAAUAGCUGUUCUUACAUCAGUGUCUUAUCCCCAGUGCUCUCUCUCCCUACUCCUGUUUGCACAUUUGAAGACACUGAAGAAAAGGUGUUUGGCUCCCAGAGCCCACCCAGCAGGGAGCACCCCCAGCCUCCCAGGGCUCUCUUUUGUAGUCUUGACAACUCAGGAAACCAGGCUGCACCAGUCCAGGCAAUGGCACAACUUAAUACUAGCUACAAAAUUACCUUUUUUAACCAUCUUUGAAUAAAAAAGGGGGUUGGUGGGGGUUUUUUCUUCAAUAUUCAGCACAUUUUAGGCUGUACAAGUGAAGAAUUUUCUGCAACUUUCUUAUCAUUAGAUACUUUAAGCAGUGUUCAUCAAAUUUACUGAGAGUUUUGUCAAGGGUUUUUUUUUUGUGAACACCAGCUACUGGUGAGACAAAUGGACAUGCAAGUUAAAUAAAUUAAUUAAUAAACA